UGAUGUCUUCCGGUUCCAUUUUUAUAUAUCUGAUCAAACAAAACCUCUUUCAUUCACAUACAUACAGAGCAUGGAUAUCACAAGCUCAUCAAUAAAUAAGCCACCUCUCCACGAGCAUCCACUUUUUCCUUCAGCUAUGUUUACCUUAAGCGUCUGUGAUGGCUGCCACAUAAAAGGAUACAUGUAUGACAGCUACUUUUGCAACGAGGUUUCCUGCAGUUUUCGGCUCCAUAAAGAGUGUGCGGAAGCUCCACUAGAGAUCAAUCAUCACCCUUCUCACCCGGAGCAUCCUCUCUUACUCACUAAUGACUCUCCAACAGAAGAUGGUACAUGUAAUUUUUGUGGACAAAAGCUUUUGUCCCCAUAUUAUACUUGUCCCACAUGUGCGUUCAGAGUGGAUUUCAUUUGUGGGAUUAAACCCUCGCCUUGUGCUAUUGAACACCCUGUGUGUCAUGACCACACACUCGUGUUUUUGAAGAAACGAGGCGAGGAAAAGGUCCGUUGUGAAUUAUGCAAGAAAUCUAUCCGUGGACCUUCUUAUUCAUGUCAAGAAUGCAAUAGUGUAUACUUUCACUUGGAUUGCGUUCAUCUCUCCAGAGAGGUAAAUCAUCCUUGUCACUCUAAUCACCCUGUUAAAAUCAUCGCCUCUGAGUCACUUAAAGAUGAUUAUGCCGAGAAGAAUUGUCUUCUCUGUUCAGUCGAACCAACAAAGAUGCUUUAUCGUUGUUCUGUUUGCAAUUUCACUGUGUGCCUUGGCUGUACAAAGCUUCCACCACCUCUCGUUGUUGAUCAUGCCAAGACUCACGCGCAUCCACUUAGGCUCGUUUCAAGUAAACUCUGCUUUACUUGUAGGGUUUGUGGAAUUGAAGACUACGAAACUAAGUGGUCUUAUGUAUGUUUUGACUGUGAUUUUGUUAUCCAUGGAAAUUGCAUCGGCUUUCCCCGAGUCAUAAACAUCAAUCGUCAUGAUCAUCGAAUCUCUUUCACAUAUCAUCAUGGUCGUGGGCGUCCAAAAUGUGGAGUUUGUCAAGGAGAUGUAAGUCAGUACUGCGGAGCGUAUAUUUGUUCGGUUUGCCCUAACUACACAGUUCACUCACGAUGUGCAUUUGAUUAUACUGUAUGGAAUGGAGUGGAACUUGAAGGAAUACCUGAGAGCAGCGAAGAGAUUGCGCUAUUGUCAUUCAAGGUGUUGGGACAUAUUAUGAUACGUCAUUUUAAUGAAAAACAUAUUCUUCUGUUCUUGAAUAAUUAUGACAUGGUACGUGAUUGGUACGAGCGGUUACGAUGUCCAGCAUGCGUACGUCCACUGGGGUUUGGCCCGGUCUACUUUUGUAAGGAAUGUGGUUUUAUUAUUCAUGAAAAGUGUGCCCGUCUUCCUUGGAAGAAAAGACUUGUGUUUGACCCCUCACCAUACACGUUGGAAUAUAACCCAUCAAUAUAUGUAGACUGCAAGCUAUGUGGAAUGAUAUGUGAUGGUUUCAUGUACACAUCACAAGGAAUUAAAAAGUCAUAUCAGUAUAUAGAUGUACAUUGUGGUUCCAUUUCAGAGCCGUUAGUCCAUAUUGUGCAUUCUCACCCCCUAUAUUUUGGUAAAAGAAAUUAUUGGCAUUGCGAUGUAUGUGACAGAUACGCAGACUACAUGCUCACUUGUUGUGGUGAUUGUGGCUUUUAUUUGUGUUUGUAUUGUGCUACUUUGCCAGAGAAGAUAUGGUAUAUGAGUGAUGAGCACCCUCUCACUCUUUCUUGUGACGGAAAUGAGAGCGGCGAAAAUUGGUGCGACGUUUGUGAGAGUGAACUAGAUCCAAGUGAAUUGUUCUUUGCAUGCUCUGACUGUGAAUUAGUCUUGCAUGUUCGAUGUGGACUAGGAGAUUUCUCACGUCUCAAGCCGGGAAGGAUUUAUACUUUUGGGGAAAGAGAUUACAAAGUGGUCAUUAACUAUAGCUACACUCGGCCAUUUUGCAGCCAUUGUCGCUUUCGAUGCAAGGUCCCCGUCAUCUUAAAGGAUUGUGAUAAAGACGAUGGAUACAUCUGUUCCAGGUCAUGUUUAUCGAGCAGUUUGGGUGUAUAAUAUUUUUUUAACUCCAAGGGCCAAAAUGUAAUAGAGAGUGAUAUAUUUACACAACAAAAUGAAAAUCAAUUGUGGUUUCCAAAUUCUUUACUUUCACAAUAAAAAAUAUUCUCGUUGUGUAUAACAUAUACUAGAUCUUGACCCGCC